AUGGCUUCCGAGGGUCACUCGAGGGCUCCCGAGGGGCACACGAGAGGGCGGGUGAGCGGGGAAGCGGCCGCUGCCUUCGCCGGGAUGAAGCUCCGGGCGUCCAGCGCCGGCACCGCGGGCAUGGGCAAGUGGCAGGUCAAGGUCAAGGUCAAGGUCGAGGUCGAGGUCAAGGUCAAGGUCAAGGUCAAGGUCAAGGUCAAAGUCGAGGUCGAGGUCGAGGUCAAGGUCAAGAUCAAGGUCAAGGUCGAGGUCAAGGUCAAGGUCAAGGUCAAGGAUCCCGCGGAGGAGGGCUGCCUCGCCACGGCCGAGAGCGUGCGGGCCUUCGCCGCAGUGGACCGGGGCCACUUCCUCCCGGAGGGCGCGCGGCUCGCGGGCUGCUACGUGGACGCGCCGGUCCGCGAGGGGCGGCUGCACCAGUCCGCGCCGUCCGUGUACGCCAGGGCGCUGCAGGCGCUGGAGCUCGCCCCGGGGCUGUCCUUCCUGAACAUCGGCAGCGGCACCGGGUACUUCUCCGCGAUCGUGGCGCAGAUCAUCGGGCCUAAGGCGUUAAACAUUGGCGUGGAGCGCCACGCGUCCAACGUCGAGCAUGCCCGAGAGAGGUGCCUAGCCAUCGACCUUCCAGAGGUCCAGUUUGUGUGCGGCAACUGCUUCAACAUCAACAUAGAUAAGUCCAUGAAGUUCGACAGGGUCUACGUCGGUGCAGGCGCGGGACCCGACGCGAAGUUCCUGUACAAGUUGCUGAAGUACGACGGCCUGAUCGUUGGCCCGUUCGAGGACGAGAGCGGGGUGCAGGGCCUGUCCAAGGCCCGGUGCCGCGGCGGCACGAAGUUCGCGGUCACCCGCAUGCUGCAGGUCCAGUUCGCCGACCUCGUCCGGCCGGGCGGCGCCGAGCCCGUGGCAUGCGACGCCGAAGCCCUGGUGCUGCGGGGGCCGAGCUGGGAGACGUCCAGGUGGAGCGACUUCUCCCCCGCCUUCCAGAGGACCGUGGUGCUGCUGUACUGGAUGAACCAGAUCGAGGGCUCGCUGCCGAGCGUCCUCCCCUGGGAGAUCUGGACCAAGUACGUGGUCUCCCUCCUCGGCUGCGACGCCUUCGACGCGCCGGCGGCGCCCGGCGCCGCGCGGGGGUGCGCCGCCUGCGGCGCGAGGGGCCCCGCGCUGCAGUGCGGGCGGUGCAGGGCGGUGCACUACUGCGGGCGGGAGUGCCAGAGGAUGGACUGGAAGGCCCACCGGGAGGCCUGCGUCUCGCUCGUCCAGCUGGCCUCGCGCCCGGGCUGA